CUUUAUGCUGGCAGCUCUAUAUUAGUGUCGGUUAAACCAUGACCAACGUGUCUGUGAGGAAAGACAGUGGUAUCAAACGUGAAGAUUCCAUCAUGGGCUCCGGCCAGAAAGAUGACAAAAGCAGCUUUAGUUCUGAUCAUUUACCACCUGUUGGCCAACAUAUACAUAGGUUCUCCUCUAUCUCUUUGCCGCACAGCCCCAAAGAAGUUUGGAAAAAAGGCGGGCGUGUUUUCUCUGUCCUGCUAGCCAUCAACCUGAUCCUACUAGCAUGCACUCUUGUCAGUGGUGGGGCAUUCAAAAACGUCAAACUGCAUGAUUAUGAUGCCUUUUUCAUGCUCACCGUUGUGAUGUUGAUUGCCAUCAUUUGGAUGUUGUUCUAUAUCUUCAGUACCUCCAAGCGCCAGGCUGCCAUCCCUUACAAAGACAAUCAUGCAGGACCUAUCUGGCUAAGAGGUGGCUUAGUCUUAUUUGGAAUCCUCACACUGGUCAUGGAUAUAUUCAAGACAGGCUACUUCAGUUACUACGAGUGCUUAUCAGUCAUCAAAAUCAUGUAUCCAAUUGUACAGGCUGUGUUUGUAAUUGUCCAAACUUAUUUUCUGUGGGUCUCUGCCAAAGACUGUGUUCAUGUACAUUUGGAUCUUACCAGAUGUGGACUGAUGCUCAUCUUAACCACCAAUCUAGCAGUGUGGAUGUCAGCUGUAACAGAUGAAUCAGUGCAUAAGGCUGAAUCAAAAAAACCAGAUGUAAAUAUGUCACACAGGAUGGCUGAACUAAAAGAAGACACCUCUGACAACUGUGGCUGCAAAAGUAAUGUCUGCCAAAUCUUCAAAAAUGGUUAUUUUUGGCUGUAUCCUUUCAAUAUCGAGUACAGCCUUUUUGCUUCUGCCAUGAUCUAUGUAAUGUGGAAGAACGUUGGCCGCAUCAUGGACCACCAUUCCCACCAUAUCCAUCACCUCAAGUUUAAGCUUUUCAAGAGGACUUACUUUUUAGGUUUCAUAAUGGGACUCUUGAUCAUGGCGUCUGGCAUAGCAAUCCUGAUCGUGUAUGAAAUCCAGAUCAAUUCGAAAAACAAGGCUAAAGUGAAGAAUCAGGUGCUCACCAUGUACUACACUUUCAAUAUUGUCUGCCUGAGCCUGAUGUCCCUCAUCUCUGUGGGUGGCUCCAUUGUUUACAGAUUUGACAAGAGAGACAUGGACCGUGAGAAGAAUCCAACUAGAACGCUUGACGUGGCCUUAUUAAUGGGUGCAGCCUUAGGGCAAUAUGCCAUUUCCUAUUAUUCUAUUGUGGCCACUGUGGCCAGUUCACCAAGGGAUACUAUCAAUGCCCUCAACUUGACCUAUUCCUUGCUGAUGAUUGCCCAACACACUUUCCAGAACAUUUUCAUAAUUGAAGGCCUCCAUCGACAGCCCUUAAAAAGGGAAAGCAAAGUGGACCAUCAGGAGAAGGACAUUUAUGGCCUCACUUUUGUCAACUUGAAUGCUGUAUCGCUUCGCGUCCCUGAAAAUGGAAACGCUUUAUCACCAGUAUCUCCAGGACUAGCUAUCCAGGCUCCUCAUGAAGUAACACGGUCCAUCAGUAUCUCCAAGAAAGUGAGCUGGCGGAGGAGAUUCUUAAAAGAAAGCUCAUUAUUCCUGCUCCUGUGUAAUGUAAUUCUCUGGAUUAUGCCUGCAUUUGGAGCCCGGCCGCAAUUUGAUAAUACCACAGAGCUUGAAUUCUAUGGUUACCCCAUGUGGGCUGCUAUUGUGGACAUCUGUCUACCCUUCGGCAUCUUCUACCGGAUGCAUGCUGUUGCUAGCUUAAUGGAGGUCUACGUCAUGUCCUAAUGGACAAAUGAAGAACUUUUUAGAAGAGCCCACAUUUUUCAUACCACCCUGGACUUGAAAGCCUAAAGAGCUGCACUGAGGGGGUUGAGUUCCUUUGGGCCCCAGGCCCAGUGAUUUGAUGGGCAUUAUCAAGAGAAGUGAAUAGCUGAAACCAAAAUCCCCUUUUUCCUAUUUAAAUGACUCCUUUUCUCGAUAAUCAUCUUCAGUUAUUUUUUUUUCUACCAGAUAUGCAGACAUCAAGGACCC